GACCUCAUAACAUAAGCCAUAGCAAAGUUGACCAAUACAAAACCAAUCAUUAAUCCAAUGAAAAACUUGAGGAAACUUUCACAAAUCAACGUUGUUUAAUUGUGGAGAGUAGAAAGUUAGUGUAGUGGGUGAAGUGGGAAAGAAAGUCCUUAAGGGUUGGGUUGUGUAUACAAACUAUGUGUAGUAUAUAUAUGUUGGUUGUAGCUAUUGUGUUGCCUUGUUGCUUUGAGAUUCUGAGCUUAAAUUGUGGCACCCUCAUGAAGGAAACACUGAGGUACUUAGCAGGCAUUGUAGGCCCCAGUGGUUAUGGCUCUAAAUCAACAGCUGAACAGGUUGCAAACAGUUGUUCUUACUUGGUCGACUCUCAACGUCUAACGGCUAUUAUCACUGGAGCGACGUCGGGCAUCGGAGAAGAGACAGCCCGAGCGGUGGCGAAGAGAGGAGUGAGAGUGGUGAUACCAGCGAGGGACAUAAAGAAGGCAGCUGAAUUGAAGGAGAGAAUUCGCAAGGAUAAUCCAAAUGCAGAGGUUAUAUUAUGCGAGAUUGAUCUUAGUUCUUUGGCUUCAGUGAAGAGAUUCUGCAAUGAGUUCCUGGCUCUAGGGCUGCCCCUUAACAUCCUCAUAAACAAUGCUGGGAUAUUCUCUCAGAAAUUGGAGUUUUCGGAGGACAAAUUUGAGAUGACAUUUGCAACAAAUUACCUUGGACAUUAUUUAUUGACAGAAAUGUUGAUACAAAAGAUGAUAGAAACAGCAGAGCAGACAGGCAUCCAAGGAAGAAUCAUAAACCUUUCUUCUGUAAUUCACAGCUGGGUUGGAAGAGACUGUUUCCACUUCAACCAAAUGCUCCACCCUAUCAACUAUAAUGGCACACGUGCUUAUGCUCAAUCCAAACUAGCAACCAUUUUGCAUGCCAAAGAAAUAGCCAAACAGCUCAAGGCCAAAAAUGCAAAUGUAACUAUUAAUGCCGUACACCCAGGAAUCGUAAAGACCGGAAUUUUCAGAGCGCAUAAGGGCUUUAUUACAGAUUCUAUUUUUUUCAUUGCUUCCAAGUUGCUCAAGUCUAUAUCUCAGGGUGCAUCCACUAGCUGCUAUGUAGCACUGAGCCCACAAGUAGAAGGGAUGAGCGGGAAAUACUUUGUAGACUGCAAUGAGAGCAACUGCUCAGUCUUAGCCAAUGACGAAUCGGAGGCACGAAGGCUUUGGAGGCAGACCCGAGCUUUGAUCCGUCGACGUUUGUAUCAAACACCUUGUUAGAUUCGCCAAAAUCCUCAAGUUGUACAUAAAUGUUGAUGAUGCAAGAAUUGUCCGACUGUGCUUAUUAUGAGUUACUAUCUGUUUCAAAGGUGAAUACCAUCACAAUGUUGUCUGGAGGAAGGUGGUAUUUCAUAUUUGUCAUAUAUAAUUUCCACCAACAAUAAAUAUUUCUAAGCAUUAUCACUUGUAAAUGCAGAAUAUAUUUUACAGGAUUAUUUAUCUAUUACAUAAUAAAGAGUACUUUUCAAUUAA